AUGGGGGGAGGAGCCCUCGUGGAUGGCGUCCGUCGCUGGUUCCAACGUCGCAGCGCCAACAGCAACGUCACUGGCACGGCCGGCGGCGGGGAGUCGUCUCUGAUCGCGGCGGCGGGGGAGGAGGCGGUGGGGGAUUCCGGGGAGAGCAGCCCUUGCUGGCUCAGACCCAUCAGGGUAUCCAAUUGGGCAUUCAAGAUGCCCGGUGGAUUCGAGCACACAAGGAAGGUCAGGAUCAGGAUCAUCGCCACCAUCCAACUCUCCUGCUAUCUGAGCUGUGAUCAUCUCUGGUUCUCUCCUCUUCCCCGACCUUUGGAUUUCCCUCGUCAACGGGGCGAUCCUCCAUGCUGUCCCUACCUCGGCUUCUCUUUGACCUGGUUUUCUCGUGGGUAUUCUCCUUUUCGUGCUCCAACUUGGCGGCGGGAAUGAUGGCCAGGCGUGGUCGUCGUUGCAGUCCUCAACCUGGGGCUUUUGCGCCCUUCCCAGGUUGCAGAGAUAAUAUGAACGUCUGACUGAUUCCCAUACUAGAAGAUCGGGGAUUACCCUCAAGUCUACGGAAGCUGAUUAGUUGGUUCCUCUUCUCCCCUGGCAGUACUCUCGCGCAGAAAGAGUCGCCGAGAUACUCUCGCUUUCUCCCUUUCUCUUUCUCAAGUUCCUAUUCAUUCUUCUCCUUUGUCCUGUGCGUUUUUAGAGAAUCCAAAGUUCUUUCUGGACGAGAAUCAAUCACGUCCCCUCCUAAUUCUGUGCUGUUUCUCUCAGUUUUGACCGGCUCCUGUUCAGAUUUCGUGCUUCUAUUUCUGGGCAAAAACACAAGACGAGCUUGCUGGGUGAUUUUUUCUCUCUAUUUCAAGCUCUUGGCUGUGGUUUCCUGAGUUUCGUCAGUCGUUCUACAGAGCAUGCUUGACGACGAGUUCUUCACGGAGUAUGGCGAGGCGACCCAGUACCAGAUCCAAGAGGUGGUCGGCAAAGGAAGCUAUGGCGUGGUGGGGGCGGCGGUGGAUAUCCACACCGGGGAGAGGGUUGCCAUCAAGAAGAUAAAUGAUGUUUUUGAACAUGUGUCAGACGCCACGCGCAUUCUGAGGGAGAUCAAGCUCCUCCGGUUGCUGCGUCAUCCAGACAUAGUGGAGAUAAAGCAUAUCAUGCUACCUCCAUCUCGAAGGGAGUUUAGAGAUAUUUAUGUUGUCUUUGAGCUGAUGGAAUCUGAUCUCCAUCAGGUCAUCAAGGCUAAUGAUGAUCUUACCCCCGAACAUUAUCAGUUCUUCCUCUAUCAACUCUUGAGAGCUUUGAAGUAUAUCCAUUCAGGUUGAUUCAUGUAGCUCAUCUUCUAUUGACUCUUGAUCCAUGUAGAGGGUAUUUUGCUCGAUGCUUUACUUUUUUUAAUUGACUGCAGCCAAUGUGUUCCAUCGGGACUUGAAGCCGAAAAAUAUCCUCGCUAAUGCAGAUUGCAAACUGAAGAUCUGUGAUUUCGGGCUUGCCCGUGUGUCAUUCAAUGAUGCUCCAUCUGCUAUCUUCUGGACUGUAAGUGACACUCCAAUGCUAUCUUCGCCCGUGUGUCAUUCGUACAAGUGGUUGAGAUAUUUGGAGAUUCUGGCAUGGAUUGUAACACUCUUUUCCCCUGAAGGAUUACGUUGCGACAAGAUGGUAUCGUGCUCCAGAACUGUGCGGCUCUUUUUUCUCCAAGGUGAGCUACUUUCUCUUUUUUCUCUUGGCAUUGAGUGAUACAUAUAGAUAAUGAGAUGGUGAAGAAAGCAAUGAAGCCCUGAUAUAAUAAUUUUCCUUUUCUAUCAGAAUGAAAAAGUUGUUUUAUGCAGUGAGAUUUCUGACCAUGGAGAUGGCCAUUCAGCUCUAGAGGGGUGGUUUCUUUCCCAUGGCAUGCAUUGAGACGCAAGGGUCAAUGCAAACAUCAUAAUAUUCUUGUUGUGUGUUAUUUUUGUGAGCAUUCACGCUGUUGUCAGGUCAAACAAUGGUGGGAGCCUUCCCACUUUUGUGGGCGCUUUAAGCAUCUAUAUCACCAUAAUUCUCGGGAUCAUUUCGUUGAAUCUCGUUCUCUUCUUGCUAUUAUUAAAAUCUGGGAUCCGUUUUCUUGGCAGAGAAACUAUUUUUGUGCUAUUUACACCUCAGACUUCUGGCUGGAAAAGAAAAGAAGAUGCUGUGACGAUAAUGACCUAUGCUGGUGAUAAAAGCAUCGAGUAGAGCUUUACUACGGAUUGAAAGGAGCUACCUGUUCUGAUAGGACUGUCAACACGACCUUUGGGAAAAAUUCGAUCCAUCAUUACUUUAAUGAACAUUUCUUUGGGAGUAGUCACCAUCCCUAGAUGGGUGAUCUUCAUUCUCGUUGAAUAUUGUUCUUCCCCAUUUAUCAAGGUAAAGGGUGGACCAAUAAAACAUCUGGACUCUGUGUGGCCAAAGAAAGUGGAUUCGGAUGAUCUGUUUCAAGAUUUUUUUUUUCCCUGGACAUACUGUAGUUUCGAUGCUAUAUUUCACCAAGCGUCUUCAUAUAAAAUACUUUUCAAAGAUCAAUGCCAUGGAACAGUGCCUUGAGAAAAGUUCCAGAUCAGUGCUAAUUCGAAUUAAUGUCUUUUGUAGCAGUCUUAAAUUCAGAUAUAUAUGUUGUCUUGUGAUCAGAUGAAAGAGUGGGUAAGGUGAGGGGGGAUGAAAAAGAGAAGAUUGUGUUGCUCGGGCUGUCUGGAGAUUCUAAAUUUUGGUUUAACAACCGUGUUGGUGCCUGAGCUGUGAGGGCUCUCAGUCACAUAGGUAGUUCGGUGUGCUCAUUGGUCCCUGACCUGGAUAUGUGGAUCAUCCAAGGCACAUUAGUGAGAUUGGUGUGAUUGGGUUGGGAGAGAAGUCCAGUCUAAUAUGAAGCACUUUGGAAUGAAAGAAAAUUCCUGAUUUUGAAAUUGAUGACGUGUAGGUAGGUGGUCUUUUUGAGAUCUCAUAGCAUAUUUAUUUGUACGUGACCCCGUUUGUUAGAUGAUUUCCUGGUCUGUUCUUCUCGUGCCUAGUUUCAUGAGCUCACUCAGAAUGAACUGGUCUUCAGAUCACCGACAUUUCUUUUCAGAAUUUAUUGUAAGGUCCUCCUUUUCGUGGAAAAUUGCUAAUGAAUGAAUGCCUGGAAAACAGAAUGGAAAUUCAUAUCUUAUGACGAGACUAAGUUUCUGUUUUGAACACAGUCUAUUGAGUUGUCUCGCUCGUUGCCUUUCUAUUAGAAUUUUUUUAUUGAAUUGUUGCUAAUUCGAUUUUUGACCUUUCUGCAAUACUUCAAGCUCGACUGCUAUUGUUUUUGCUUUAGUCUUGUGCACAACAGAGUCGUGGUUCCACCUAACAUGAUGACAUCUAUAGCUCAUUUUCUUUCAUAGACCUUCUAGUUGUCCAUUAGACGCCUGAAAGUCGUCUGGGUUCUUUUAAUAUCUCCUUUCGUAUGUGAUAUUUCUAUUUCCCAACUUCGUCGUAUCUAUGAUCAUAAUAGAAUCCAUUGGCCCCUUUGGCGAUAUUUAUUUUGUAAUUCUUCGUUUACUCCUGGAAAAACUGUGUAAUUAUUGGGGGACUGUUUCCCAUCUUGUUGAGUAUUUUCCAAAGAAGAGAGACUUCGCAUUGAAGCCUGUAUUUUAUUGCCAUUUUUUCUUCAUGAGAAAGAAAUAAGACCAAGAAAGGGGCAUAGUCUGGCCUCUUUGAAGCUAUUUUAGUUGAUUUACAUGUUCUGGACGGUUGUAAACUGGACCAAUCUGAUUUCACUUGCUGUUUAUGGAAAUUUCAUUGGUAUGGAUGACAUAUUUUAUGUUUCUUAUGUCGACCUCGCAUCUUAUUUGGCCAUUUACCGGAAUCUAUUGAAUUACUUUCUUGCACACUCUAUCAUCUGAUACAGAUCAUCUGGGCUUAAUCCCAUAGUGUCAACAUUCACACCGUAAUCUAGUGUUGAUUUAGGGAAUGGGAAUGUUAACUCUUACUCUCAUGUCUCUAAUGGUUUAAAUUUUUUUAUCUGCCACUGUUGUGAAUGGGAAUGUUAUCUGCCAUUUGUGAAUGCCAAUUGAUGGGAAAAACGGCCACUUAUGUCAAAUGUUUGUUCUGGCAGUAUACUCCUGCGAUUGACAUCUGGAGCAUAGGAUGCAUAUUCGCAGAAUUGUUGACAGGAAGACCACUUUUUCCGGGAAAAAACGUGGUUCAUCAGCUGGAUCUCAUGACAGAUUUACUUGGCACGCCUUCAGCUGAAUCCAUUGGAAGGGUUCGUUCUUCCUUAUAUGAACAUGAUUUUUUUUAUUUAUUUCUUUUACGCUAUAAGGUGAUAUUUUGAAAUAUCUACGAAGUUUUUUUUCUCAGAGGAAAUUCUUAGUAUGUUAUUGUGUACUUUAUCAUCUGCUGCAAAUUAUUUGGAUGAUGUCAAACCUUUUCAACUGCUGCAGAUUCGGAAUGAAAAGGCUAGAAGAUAUUUAGGUGGGAUGCGGCGAAAAAAUCCUGUUCCUUUUACGCACAAGUUUCCAAACGUAGAUCCUCUGGCACUGCGGUUACUUGAACGACUACUUGCAUUUGAUCCUAAGGAUCGACCCUCUGCUGAGGAGGUAAGAUGUGGGAAUUGAAAUUUUUCUGAACAAAUUGCUAUGUUGCAGAAAUUUUUAGGCCAUAUAAUUUUUGGGCAAACAUGUUGCGGAUUAAUCAAAUAAUUUACUUGUGGCAAUUAUCUUUCUUCUCUGGUUGAGAUUUUUCUUUUCUAAUCGCGCUGGUGUUGUUAGGCUCUAGCUGAUCCUUACUUCCAUGGCCUUGCAAAUCCGGAGCGUGAGCCAGAAACACAGCCAAUUUCAAAGUUGGAGUUUGAGUUUGAGAGGAGGAAACUCACAAAAGAUGAUGUACGGGAGCUAAUUUAUCGAGAGGUACGAUUAGGGACGUUCAUUUUAAUUUCUCUAACAGGUGACGCAUUGUUUUUGUAUUCUUUACUCAUUAUAAACAUCCUGUUUAAGCAAAACAGAUUUUAGAGUACCACCCACAGAUGCUGAGUGAAUAUCUGCGUGGUGGAGACCAAACAAGCUUCAUGUAUCCAAGGUGAGGCAUUAAUUUAUUGUAUUUACUUAAUCCCGCUGAAAUUUUCUUUAGUUACCAAAACGGGUUGAUUUUCUUCUGGCGCUAGAUUAACGGUAUUUACUACCUUAAGCAUUUGGAACUCAUUUCUGUGUGGAUGGGGGGCUCUGACAUGAAAGUAGAGAUCAUGGAAUGCAUUAAAUAUUGUGGCUUUCUUGGAGAAUAGAUUCAGGAAAAGGUAAAAUGACGUUGGGACCUAACUUGAGAAAGGUGAGAAAGGUGACUUUGGGGAUAAGACCCAAUGGUUCCAGAGUUUUGACACCCAUGGGUUUAUUGAGAGUGUUUAGUGGAUGAUCAGCUGUCAUCCAUAUCUAUUUCGGCUUGGUUCUUCACUCUAUUUUUCUGAGAGUUUCUGAGUCAUAAUUUAUGAAUAAUGAUCGUGACAUGCCUGGUGGAUUUUUCCCUUGAAAACGCUCCCUUGGCUUAUUUGGUACAUCAUAUGAUGAUCAGGGGAUCCAUGAGUGCUAUGGAGGCACAAUCCUAGUUGUACAGUCAGAAAGUCAAAUCAUAGGGAACCUAGAAUAGCAUUGUUUUUCCCUUUUAGAUGUGGCCCUUGAGUUUUCAACUGCAAACUUGUGCAUAUGUUUUAUUCCUAUAUAUAGUUGGUAUCCACUUGAAAAAUACUGGAGAUGUCCUCCACAUGAUCUUGCUCCUCAUUCAAUCAGUCCAACAACUGGUUGAAUGAGCUCUUCCUUGUAAAUCUUCUCUUCUUGAGCUUGAUACCACCAUUUCGUCUUAUUUUAUGAGACCUGCAUUUUUCAUUGCACAACAUUUUUGGUGCGCAUUAUUGCUUCAUUUCUUUAUUCCAUUGCUCUUAAUUUGGCAAGAUUUUUUUGCGCAAAGACUUACGAUUGAACCAUUGUUCACCCGGAUUUCCUUCUCGUCAUUCUCUUAGUCUGCCGAGAAGAACCACUUGUAAAUAAAUCCCCGUGUUAUCUCCACUCAGUUCAUAUUUAUUUAGCAUGGAGAAUAUGCGAAAGAAAGAGAAAAUUGCAUAUUUUUCCUGAAUGUACGAAGAAGUGACCUGCUGCUGCUUCUGCUGCAGCUAUUAUUCAAAGACUAAGCCGUGAAAGAUCAUGAGUAGGCACCGCAUGGCUCAUUUGAUUGCUUACUCAAAAUUGGCAUGGCUAGCCUUCUUUCAGUGCAUCUUGUGUUUCAGGCUGACUCAAUGCAGCCAUACAAUAUUUUCUGCAAUAAGCCUGCAGACGGCCACCGUCUCCACCCAGAGUACCCUGAAUACUCUCCUGGAUCCUCGGAGCUAAGUGAAGAAGAAAGAUGUUGGCCUAUGAAUGUAGAUUGACUUGACUGCAACUAUUUCGUCUAUCAAAGAGUUUAAUUGCUUGCAUGCUUCAUAAAGUUGUUUCACUGUUUAAAAUCCUGGUGGUAGAUAGACUCGCCUGUUCUGUGUAUAUUUAUUUAUAGAAGUUUUUGUCUUUGAUUUUCAGUGGGGUGGAUCGAUUCAAGAGACAGUUUGCUCAUCUCGAAGAGCACUAUAGCAAAGGGGAACGGAGCUCUCCUCUUCAGCGCCAGCAUGCAUCUUUGCCGAGGUAAAUCCUGCAUAAAUAUGGGAAUUCAUUGCUUUUCUGACUGAUGAGAUUUCUACUGGUAACUCCACGUGGUUGUUCUCUGGUCUUCUCACCAAGAGUUAAAGCCCCCAUGGGGGGUUGACCAUGGCCUGAUUAAUAGGAACCUCUGGCCUACCUAAGAUGGCCUGAUUAUCUUAACCUUUGAUCUCUCUCUCUCUCUCUCUCUCUCUCUUCAGGGAACGUGUCUGCGUACCAAAAGAUGAGACUGCAGACCAAAACAUUGACUUUGAGAAGAGGACGGCAGAUUCUGUCGUCCGGUCAACUCUUCAGAGUCCUCCAAGGUCGCAGCAAGGCGAGCAAGACAGCUCACAGACGGCGGAAAAUGGGCUGAACCCACCAAACUGCAGCGCUCGGAGUCUGUUGAAGAGUGCUAGCAUUAGUGCUUCAAAGUGCGUGGUCAUGAAACCCAAAAAGGACUCUGAAGUAAGUUCUCUCUUCUGCUCCUGAUGAAUCUCCAUGCUUCAUUGCCUAGUUGACCAAAUGAAGCACCAUUUGACCUGACAAGGUCAAACUGCUUCUAAUUAGUACGAUAAUAACUCCUAAAUCUGAAGUAUCUUAACCUUGUGAUUCUCUUCUAUUAUUCAUUUUACUUCUGUAAUUAUGAACUCGGAUGAACAGAACUGGAGUUUCCAUUUCUCAUUAGAAUCUCUGUCAAACAGGAGGAACAGAUUAGAGAGCAAUCAGAAGAGGUGGUUGAUGGGUUAGCGCACGAAUUUGCUGCUCUGUAUUCGUGA